AUGGAUAUACGCGCUUGCGAUAGUCAAAUUCUAGCAUCCGAACUCUUCAAAUGCGCCACUAGUCAGGAGUUUCGAGGAACUGAAGCGCAUGUGGUGGCACUACCGGACGAUGACCCGGAUACCUUUCGCCUAUACCUCAACCUGGUUUACACACAUCAGCUAGUCACAAGAGGUACUGGCCAGUGGCUGAAGCUAUGUCGACUAUACGUCCUAGCGGAGAAACUACAAGACAUUACAUGCAAGAACCAAAUCAUCGACGGAAUGUACGCAUUCUUCAGUGAGAUCGCCUGCCAACCCACCCUGAGCGUCAACAUCUCGCGUAUUCUUCCGGCUGCAGCAACGACAGAGCUAUACGAAGGCACAUCCAAUCAAAGCCAGGCCCGGGAGCUUGUUCUCGACUUUUACGCAGACUCUGGUAACGCAUCCUGGCUUCUCAGCGAGCAAGCGAAGUUACCGGCUGAGUUCAUUUGCGAUGUUGCUGUCCGCUUGUUGCAAAGACGUGGCUAUGUCUUCUCUGGCUUCCGGAUUCGUCGUCCAUCUUACGGCUAUCAUGAAAUCAACACAUCCUCCCCAGGGAUGGCCUGUGCUGUAACCAGGCAAGCGAAGGAAGUCUCGGCAGAUGAGCAGAAUGAUACGGGCAGAGCUGUUACAGGAGACAAGAAGAAACCUUGUGAGAACACCCCAGAGCUCAAUGGCGAUGCGAAGGAACUGGAACUCGAGCUCUCUGACGUUGUAGUUGCGGAAGUGGCUGAACCGGCAACCGGCCAUACACUCCCGCCACUCAAAGGAGUUGUGACAGAAGUGAGAUGGGAGCUUGAAAGAUGGUAG